AUGGAAGACGAGGCGAGCAGAGUACGGCAGCUGACACUCUCAGUCCCUCGAAUCGAGGUCAAAACGUACCGCCGAGUUUGCACCUACGCCGACGGUCAGCGCAAGCCGGCGCACUUCGUCUACCAUGUGCAGUGCAAUUGGUCAGGUAUGCAGAGGCCCGACUUAGAGUUCGGCUCCAAUGCUGAUCUGCUUUCUCAAGAGCGGGGCGACUCCUGCUGGUGGGAUUCCUUGCCAGCUUGCUACACCAUCAAGAGAAAGUGGGCCGACCUUCACAGGCUACACAGCUUGGUGGAUUCUGAGCUGGCCUUUGACAAAGCUGGAGGUUUCCGCCGCGUGAAGACACGCAUGCCUCCGCUGCCGGAAGCUGGAGACCUGAACGACUUUCUGGUGACUCUCGCAGCCACGGGUGAUGUUCUGGCACUAAGCCGUCCGACAUCGGGUAAUCAGUCAGAUGCCACAGACGCCUUUGAUGAGCUUAACCUGCUCCACACGAUCUACGUCGAGAAUCGCCUGGGCCCAUACUUCGCAGAGUUGAACAAGGUCUUGGCUGAAAUUCCCUGGCAGCUUCUUCAGGACUGCCUCCCGUUGAGAAACUUCGCAACAAGCGGCGUGAGCUGCCGGCCAAGGGCGGGCAGCAGAGGAAACACCUUCUGCGGGAAAGGACCCUUCGUCUUGGAGCCCAGCUUCUAUCAUGCGGCGAGCAAGAAGGAGCUGCAGCGAUGCCGGGAGGCACGCGAAGCGAAGACGAAGGCCAAGGAAGUCCAUGCGCCAGGCACAGAGAAGCCCAAGAAGUUGCGGCGGGAGCCUUCUGGCAGGUUGGACAGCCAGUCCUUGGCCAGUCCUGCCAGUCCGGCCAGCCCUACCAGCCCAUCUUCGCGAAGGAUGUCCCGCAGGCUGUCGCAUCAAGGCAGCCGCACGAUGCUGGCCAAGUCCAAUUCGUUGCCGCUGUUAGAGGCGGAGUUCGAAGAUCCGAUGUCGCGAGAGUCGCCAGAGUUCAGCUGGGACGAGCUUCAGAGCUUGGAGGACAGCAAGAGUCACGACAGGCUCGCAUGCUCCCAUUACAGUUUCUUUGCCCUUCGAAUGGGCAAGAAGGACUUGGCUCCUUGCGAGAAGGACUACUGGAAGAGGAUGGCCCUGAAGGAGAAGCGAGAACUGGGGCGCCGAGCACAGCUCCUGCCCCAGGAACUGCUGGCACCCCCCCGCUCCAGGCCGAUCGACGACUUGCCGGACGAAACGUCGACGUUCAGCAGCCGGAGCUUUUGGCUGAGCACUCCAGACGCGCUAUCGGCGAGCCAAUCUGUCGAGCGCCUGCCGGCGUUGCCACCCCCGGGCUUCAACGAGCCUUUUCGAGAGGGAUCUGCGGGAACCAAGAGGAGCAGGCCAGUGUCUGAGCAGAAGUCGUACGGUGUGGGCCUUGCCUCCCUCAUGAUGAAGCCUGCAGAGAGGACAGAACACGGGGAGGUCGUGAUGCGAGAUCUCUGCGAGGGCUUUCAGGUCUGCCUCCUUGGCGAACCAGCCCCACAGGUGCCACGAAGCAUGCGCCUCAAGGAGCCCAUGAAGAUCUACCGUCUUCCUGGCCGAGAGGAGACUAUGAAGGUGUACCGAGUUUACUGCAACCUGCUGCAGUCCGAAGGGGUGGAUCCUGGCGGCGGGCUGCUUCCUGAGCUUCCGCCCGACAAGGACCUAGGGACUGCACAGCACUCGCCCAACUCAUAG